UCCUCGUCGCUGGAGCUAGCCCUGGAGCCUCCAUGUUCUGCCGAGCCAUUCCCCUCCACCAAGAUGUCUCGCCUGGUCCGGCCGGCUGGCGCUCUCCUCAGGGCCUACACCAACAAGACGGCCCUGGUCAAGCCUGUGCGAUGGAGGGCUACAGCUGCUGCCGCCAGCUAUGAGCAAACACUCCUUAAUGUGCCAGCCACACGUGUUACAGUGCUGGACAAUGGCUUGCGUGUGGCCACUGAAGACUCUGGGGCACCCACAGCUACUGUUGGUCUCUGGAUCGACACCGGCUCUCGAUUUGAGACUGAUGCUAACAAUGGAGUGGCACACUUUCUGGAGCAUAUGGCCUUCAAGGGAACCUCUAAGCGCUCUCAAACUGAUCUAGAGCUAGAGGUGGAGAACAUUGGGUCACACCUCAAUGCUUACACUUCCCGGGAGCAGACUGUGUUCUACGCCAAGUGCUUUUCCCAGGACAUCCCCAGGGCUGUGGAGAUCCUCUCAGACAUUAUCCAGAACAGCAAGUUUGGAGAGGCUGAAAUCGAACGAGAACGUGGUGUGAUCCUGCGUGAGAUGCAAGAAGUGGAAAGCAACCUGCAGGAGGUGGUAUUUGAUCAUCUGCAUGCUGUGGCCUUCCAGGGUACCCCACUAGGCCGCACUAUCCUGGGACCCACUAAGAACAUCAAAUCCAUCUCUCGCAGUGACCUUGUAGACUACAUCACAACACAUUACAAGGCUCCACGCAUUGUGUUGGCCGGGGCAGGUGGCGUUGAUCAUGGCUCCCUGGUUAAACUGGCCGAGGACCACUUCAAGGGUCUCGGCGUGACAUACGAAGGGCAGACCCCUGAGGUAGCCCCCUGCCGAUUCACUGGUGCAGAUAUUCGUGUGCGAGAUGAUGCCAUGCCCCUCGCUCACAUUGCCAUUGCUGUGGAGGGUGCAGGCUGGGCUGACUCAGAUAAUAUCCCUCUCAUGAUUGCUAACACCAUCAUUGGCUCCUGGGACCGAACACAUGGUGGAGGUGCCCACAAUGCUUCUAACCUUGCUCAGGCUGCUGUCCUUGGGAACUUGUGCCACUCAUUCCAGUCCUUCAAUACAUGCUACAAGGAUACUGGCCUUUGGGGGAUGUACUUCGUGUGUGAGCCACUCAAGAUCGAUGACUUUAUGUACAACCUGCAGUCAGAAUGGAUGCGUCUGUGCACCAAUGUAACAGAAUUUGAGGUGGAGCGUGCUAAGAACAUCUUACGCACCAACCUUCUGCUGCAACUUGAUGGUACCACCCCUGUGUGUGAGGACAUUGGACGACAGAUGCUGUGCUACAACAGGCGCAUUCCCCUGCAUGAACUGGAUGCCAGAAUUGAGGCUGUGACGACUGAUGUUGUGCGCGACACCUGCUACCAGUAUAUCUACGACAAGUGUCCUGCUGUUGCUGCUGUUGGUCCCUGUGAGCAACUACCUGACUACAACCGUAUCCGCUCCAGCAUGUACUGGCUCCGAGUGUAACCAGCUCACCUGUCUUCCGGGGUGUUUGCAGGACUAGUAGCAUGGUAUUUAUUAUAAGAUGAAAAGAUUAUGUAAAGAACUACAAGCAUCUGUCAUCGAUUUCCCCCCACUAUUUCUGUUUCCCACACUUGUCUUUGUACAUUCAUAAUACUUGUACAUACGAGGAAUAUUGUACAAAAGAAAUACAUCAAUAUAAUCAUUA